AUGUCUUCGCCGGAUUCGUCACGGCGAGUUGGCCGCCUUCGACACGUGUUUCUAGAGACACUUGAUGGAAAGCGCUUCGUACGCAGCCCUCGUGAAGGGCAGCUGUUUCUCGAAGCCUUGCGCACUCAACCAUCACCGAGUCGAUGUGUGGAACUACUCUUGUCUAAGCCUGCGGGCUUAAAUGCCGUGAGAGAGGCAGUUCGCUCGGAUCUAUCCGCCGCGUUCAUCUCGACCCACACCAUGCCCUUUCUACGAUUCCUCUCAGACCCCGGGAUCAAAACCCUCGUCGAUGGGCAGCAUCUUGAGCAGGUGCUCCUGGCUAUUGCCAACCCCCCGACUCUGCUGAACGCCUUAAUCGCUUUAUUCGACUCGGGUAGCCUUCCGGAAGGGGACCUUUAUUCGUUUGCUUGGCUAGCACUCGAGCUCAUAUCGCUCCGCCCAGAAGCGCAAGUGGAUGUCUCAAGUCUUGUGCGGUGUGUGUCGGACGACCAGCGUUUUGUCAAGUCCCAAGACCACACGACUCGCGAGUUGGGCUACAAGAUCAACAAGGUCAUUCAGCUUCGAUCUUCUCCAGGCCACAAAGAAGAACCCGGCGGACCCGGUGGGCGACACGACAACGACUUCGCCAAUAUCAGCAAAAUCCACAUUUAUCCGACAACCGACGAGUUUCUGUCCACACAACAACCGUACUACCAAACAGCGCGGGAAAUCAUGGAUAUCGAAGUUGAAAAGCGUCCGCGGGCCCAUCUGGAUAAUCACUUCCGUCUUCUACGGGAAGAUAUGCUCGCCGAGCUACGCGAAGACAUACAAGUGGCAACGGGAAGAAAGAAGGGGAGACGGAGUGCCCUAGUGUUGGGUCAUUUCGUCCCUGCUGGUAUUGACAUCGGAGAUGAGACGUCGGGGAAAUACAAGCGGUGCACGCUGCUCCUGAAGUGCUUUUCUGGUCUCGUUAUUCUCAACGAUAUGCAGGAUGAUGGAGCCCGAAAAAGGUACCUCAAAGAUCAUGCAAGUUUUCUCAGGCAUCAGGGGUUUGGCGUUUUGUGCCGCGAGCAGGAGAUUUUGGGGUUUGCCUUUGUCGACCGUGACAUCGACAUGCUCGCUCAAUCGCCCCCUGUCGUGGCUCUCCAGUUCACCGAUGACGAAGCCCUUCGGCGCGCCCUUCUUGCCCUUUCGGUUUCCAAACGGGAGCUGGUACAGUUCAUUCUGGUUGACACGCCAGUCUUUGCCUACGAGCCGGUCUUACUUGGACUGCAACGCAUAACGGACUUGCCGCUGCUCGACCUCCUAGUCAACCCCGCUGCUAUCCCCGAUUCCGGGUUUCAGGCGCCGAAAGGUCUGGGACCGCUCAUCUCUAGGCUUGAGGUUGCUGCAAAGACUCUAAAUCCCGACGGCGUCGUGGCACUGGUGAAAAAGUCAACGGGCAGAUUAGUUGAGGUCGACGAUUCCCAACUCAACGCCCUGCUUCUCGCCCUGACCAGCCCAGUGAGCCUCAUCCAAGGCCCCCCAGGGACCGGAAAAUCAUUUAUUGGGGCUCAGAUUGCGCGCUGUUUGUUCGAGGCCGGUCUUCGUAUCCUGGUCUUGAGUUACACCAACCACGCACUCGAUCAGUUCUUGGAAGAUCUCCUCAAAGCCGGGAUCCCGGCCCAAGACGUCGUUCGAAUUGGCUCCAAGGCAAAAUGCACGCCGCAAACCGCACACCUGCUCUUAUCUGAUCAAAGAAGGCAAUUCCGCCGCUCCCAACAAGGAUGGGAUAUCAUCAAUCUUCUCAAGCAGGAAGCGGCAAGCCUGGGAGGGAGACUAAAGGAGGCGUUGCAACGGUUUACGAGCUUCUCUCCUAAGUGGCAUGAUAUUGAAGAGUAUUUGGAAUUCGAGGACGGAGGCAAAGACUUUCUUGACGCCCUCAGGGUUCCAAGGCAGAGCAACGGCUGGGCUCAGGCGGGCAAGGGAGGCAAGGCAAUCGGUCCCGACUAUCUUUACCUACAGUGGAUCAGAGGUCAAGGCCCAGGAAAGGUUUUGAAGCGCCUUUCUCCCACCGCAAAGACUGUGUGGAACAUGCCGCCCCAGGUUCGGGAGCAACAUCAUAACAAAUGGCUACGGUCUAUGCUCGAGGAGCAUCUUCAGAUCAUCGAGGAUCUCAGCCGAAACUUCAACGACGUGCAGAGAAAGAUCAGCCUCCAGUUUAGCGAAGCCGACGCAAACGCCGUGCUCGAAAAGAAGAUCAUCGGGUGUACCACAACUGGAGCGGCCAAAUACGACCGCCUGAUCCGUGCAGCAAAGCCGGACGUUAUCUUGAUUGAGGAGUCGGGGGAGAUCCUCGAGAGUCAUGUGUUGACAGCCCUUGCAAGCACAGUCAAACAGCUCGUGUUGAUUGGAGACCACAAACAACUGCGCCCAAAGAUCAACAAUUACGCGCUUUCUGUCGAGAGAGGUGAUGGUUUUGACCUUAACCGCUCGCUCUUUGAGCGCCUCAUUCUGCAGGGCGCAAAUCACGCGACCCUCCUCAAGCAACACCGGAUGGUUCCCGAGAUCUCCGUCUUUGCCCGUGAGCUCACUUAUCCAGACUUGCUCGAUGGAGCCAAGACCAGCGGUCGGCCGGAGAUACUCGGGCUGCAGGACCGAGUGAUCUUCCUGAAUCACACCAAACAAGAAGAUACGGACAAGCAGCUUCGAGACCGCCGUGACCCCGGCAUGAAGGAGAGCAAGAAAAACACAUUCGAAGCAGAGAUGGUCCUGCGGUGCGUCAAGUAUCUCGGCCAGCAGGGGUACGCCUCGGACAAGAUUGUCAUCUUGACACCUUAUCUGGGCCAGCUGCGUGUCCUACGGGAUCUCCUGGCCAAGAACCAGCAUGACCCUGCACUGAGCGAGAUGGACAAGAACGAACUGAUCCGGGCUGGACUGAUAAGCGCAGCGGCCGCCAACCUCGACAAGAAGCCUCUCCGCAUAUCCACAAUAGAUAACUACCAGGGUGAGGAAAGCGAUAUCGUGAUUGCUUCACUUACACGCAGCAACCCAUCCGGAGAUAUCGGUUUCAUGUCGGCCCCAGAGCGCUUGAAUGUUUUGAUCACCCGUGCUCGGAACGGCAUCGUGCUCAUCGGCAACAUGGACACCUUCAUGAAUAGUAAGAAAGGAAAGGCCACUUGGCAUCCCUUUUUCGACCUACUCAAGAGCAAGGGACAUCUGUACGAUGGUCUCCCCGUGUAUUGCGGCAAACAUCCAAAGAGAACGGCGUUGCUCAAGGACCCAUUGGACUUUGACAAGUCGUGCCCUGACGGAGGGUGCACUGAGUUAUGCGAUGCCCCCCUGAAAUGUGGCGUCCACAAAUGCACAUCCCGAUGCCAUCGUGUCGUCGACCACAGCCGCCAAGAAUGCAAACAACUGGUGUCAAGGGUGUGCGAUAGGAAACAUAAAACUAAGGUCCUCUGCGGGAAGCAAAAAGACGGCUGCCACAAGUGUAUUCAAGAAGACAAAGAGACGGAGCGGAGGGUCAAGCGCGAUUUGCAGCUGGAACAAGACCGCGCGCAGCGCGAGGCCGAGUACACCAAGAAGCUCCAGGAGAUACAGGACGAAAUCGAUCAUCAGCGUCGCAUCAACAAGUACGAGGCCGAAGAGGAGCUGCGCAAGCAGACACUCGAGCAGCAACUUUCUGACCUCGAGGCCUUGAAAGACGCACAAAAGAGACUUCGUCAACAGAACAAGCUCCUGGAAGAGGCAGCAGAACAAGCUGCGAAGGCGAAGGCGACCGCCGCCACGCGAUCAAAAGACAAAAAGUUCGCCACGUCGUCCAAGGAGCCUGACUGGUCAAGUGGUGCCCAAGCAGAAUGGGAUUUCUUAAAGCAGUACGAGGGAGCACAGAGCAAACCACUCGACGACUUGAUGGAAAUGAUCGGACUGGAAGAGGUCAAGCAGGAGUUCCUCAGCGUCAAGUCAAAAGUCGACACUGCCUUGCGGCAAGGAAUUACGAUGAAGGAAGAGAGAUUCAGUUGCUCCAUGCUGGGAAAUCCCGGAACUGUCGCGCGCAUGUACGCCCAGUUUCUGACAGAGCUUUGCGUCAUUCCCGGCUCGUGUUUUAAAGAAAAUACCGGCGCUGGCCUGGCAAACAUGGGCGUUUCGGGCUGCAAAAGCUUGGUCGACGAAAUCCUUAAUGAGGGCGGCGGCGUGUUGUUCAUCGACGAGGCCUAUCAAUUGACCUCCGGCAACAGCCCAGGCGGAGGAGCCGUCCUGGACUACCUGCUCGCCGAAGUGGAGAAUCUCAGGGGCAAGGUCGUCUUUGUACUUGCUGGGUACAACAAGCAGAUGGAGAGCUUUUUUGCUCACAACCCAGGGCUCCCCAGCCGCUUCCCCGUCGACAUGAAAUUUGCAGAUUAUACGGACGAGGAGCUCCUGAAAAUCUUGGAGCUCAAGGUCAACAAGAAGUACAAUGACAACAUGACCUGCGAGGACGGAUUGACUGGGUUGUAUUGCCGCAUUGUUUCUAGACGCAUUGGAUAUUCGCGUGGAAAGGAAGGCUUUGGUAAUGCCCGAGCCGUUGAGAACGCCUUGGACAAGAUCUCUCGCAGACAAGCGAACCGCCUGCGAAGAGAACGCAAGAUGAAGGGUGCCAAGCCAAACGAUCUCUUCUUUACCAAGGAGGACUUGAUUGGGCCGGAGCCGGGCGAGGCACUUACCAAAUGCGAAGCCUGGAAGAAACUCCAGGGCUUGAUUGGUCUUGGGGCUGUCAAACAGGCAGUCAUGUCCCUUGUCGACACCAUCCAGCAGAACUACAUCCGGGAACUGGAAGAGCAACCCCCGAUCCAGUACUCACUCAACAAGGUCUUCCUCGGUAACCCCGGCACUGGAAAGACGACUGUGGCAAAUCUGUAUGGAGCUAUUUUGGUAUCCCUUGGGUUGUUGUCCAAGGGGGAAGUUAUUACCAGGAACCCCUCUGACUUCGUCGGCGCCCAUCUGGGACAAUCAGAGCAGCAAACAAAGGCCAUCCUCGCCGCAGCGGUUGGCAAGGUUCUCGUCAUUGACGAAGCCUACGGCCUCUAUGGUGGUGGAUCACAGAGCGGGACGUCGGAUCCGUACAAAACCGCCGUCAUCGACACCAUCGUAGCAGAUGUCCAAAGCGUUCCAGGCGACGAUCGUUGUGUCUUGCUACUCGGGUACAAAAGCCAGAUGGAGGAGAUGUUUCAAAAUGUCAAUCCUGGGUUGAGCCGGCGUUUCCCCAUUGCCUCCGGGUUCAAUUUUGAGGAUUACACACACGAGGAGAUGCGCAGCAUCUUCGACCUCAAGCUCAAGCAGCAAAGCUUAUCAGGCGAAAUUGACAGCCUCCUUGAUGCUACCAAAGCCCGUCAUCAGUCUCGUUUCUCGAAAGGAGAGGCAAAGUCCGCCAGCCUUUUAGAAGCACUGGACUUUGACGAGAACUUUGACCGGGCAGCAAAGUCUGAAACCAAUGUUCAGAAACUUUUCGAAGCCACAGUCGGCUCCGAGCAAAUCGUCACGCUGCUCCAAGGUUACCAGGACACCGCAAAACGACCACGGCUAAGAAGAUGGGCCCAGGUGUUCUACGACAUGGGCUUCAUCGCCGCAGCCGAAGUGGUCGAGUGCUCUGCCACGGACCUGAUCGGACAAUAUGUCGGUCAAACAGGACCAAAGGUUCAGCAGCUCUUUGACAAAGCCCUUGGAAGGGUUCUCUUCGUCGACGAGGCGUACCGGCUGGCAGAGGGACAUUUCGCCAAGGAAGCCAUGGAUGAGAUAGUGGACUCGGUUACCAAAGACCGGUAUUACAAGAAACUUGUCAUUAUCCUGGCCGGGUACGAGGCUGAUAUCAACCGGCUGAUGACGGUCAACACAGGCCUAACCUCGCGGUUCCCGGAGGUGAUUAAUUUCCGGGCGCUGACGGCCGAGGAAUGCGUCGCACUGAUGCUCCAGCUGUUGAAAAAGCAAAAGACGACUCUCAUGGAGAAGAGCAAGAAGCAGUUUGACAUUUCCUGCCUCGAAACACCCACCAUUCCGUUCAGACAGUCUUUGCUUCGGACAUUCCGGGAUCUCGCAGCCCAAGACAACUGGGCCAGCGCGCGGGAUGUCCAAGCCCUAUCGAAGAACAUCUUCAACCAGACGCUCCGCGACAAAGAGGGCCUGGCCCAGGGCAUCCUAGUCCUCACCGAGGCUAACACCAACCCACCCCCCACCAAAGUCACCACCCGCCCCAAACCAACCGACACCACGCACAAACCGCCCCCGCCCUCCCCCAUCCCCAAACGCGACGCCGGCGUCAGCGACAUCGUCUGGGCGCAGCUCCAGCACGACCGCCAGCUGCAGGAGCAGCGCGAGGCCGAGUACCAGCAGCUGAAGCAGGCGGCCAAGACCGCGAGCGACGCGGCGCGGGAUGCGAUCGUCAAGAGGUUGUUGGCGGAGGAGGAGGCGCGCAAGAAGGCGGAGGAGGCGAGGAGAAGGUUGAAGGCGAUGGGGUUGUGUCCGGCUGGGUAUGAGUGGAUUCAGCAGGUUGGGGGGUGGCGGUGUGCGGGCGGGUCGCAUUUUGUGAUGGCGGGGGAGGGGGGUUUGGGGGUGUGA